AUGUCUCUUCAGAUUUCAGCAAUCCCAUCUUCUCAUCCCUAUGAAGGAACAGGCCACGCGAUCGAACGUCGGUCGGCGGGUUAUCAUCCGAGCAUAUGGGGUGAUUACUUCGUUCGAUAUGCUUCUCCCUCCACCUCAGUGGAGUUCAAAUUCCUUGGAAGAGUGGAGGAAAAAACUGAGGAGCUGAAAGGAAAGGUGAGAAAAAUGCUGACUAAUGUCGUGGGUAAGCCUUCACAGAUGCUUCACUUGAUUGAUCAGAUCCAGCGCUUGGGAAUUGACUACCAUUUUGAACGUGACAUUGAUGAGCAAUUAGAACAAAUUCGCAAAAGUUACUUCCGACUUGAUCAUGGAGAUUUUAGGGGAGACGACCUUCACAUGGUUGCUCUUAUUUUUCGAUUGUUGCGACAACAAGGUUACAAUAUUUCAUCGGAGGUCUUUAACAAAUUUAAGGAUAGUGAAGGGAACUUCAAGGAAUCGCUCGUAAGCGAUGUGCGCGGAUUGCUUAGCCUAUAUGAAGCUUGCCAUUUAAGAUGUCAUGGUGAUUCUAUCUUGGAAGAAGCACUUCCUUUUGCUAUAACUCACCUUGAAUCAGUCAAUGAAAGCAAAGUGAGCACUAGUCUUGUGAAACAAGUGACUCAUGCCCUAGAGCAGCCACUUCGCAAGGGGUUGCCGAGGCUCGAGGCGAGGUGUUAUAUUCCACUCUACCAAGAAGAGCCUUCACAUGAUGAAGUCUUGCUCGCUUUGGCUAACCUAGAUUUCAACUUACUGCAAGAGCAACACCAGAAGGAACUCGGCAACGUUACAAGGUGGUGGAAGGAUAUAGAUGUUCCAAGGAAGUUCCCAUUUGCUAGAGACAGGAUUGUGGAGUUGUUCUUCUGGAUCUCUGGCAUUUAUUUUGAGCCGGAGUUCGCCGUGGCCAGAGAUAUACUAACCAAAGUGAUCGCCUUGACUUCCAUUCUUGACGAUAUCUACGACGUCUAUGGCACAUUAGAAGAACUUGUACUCAUCACUGAAGCAAUCCAGAAGUGGGAUGUUGAUGCCAUGGAUGGACUACCAGAGUAUAUGCAAGCUUAUUACAAGGAGCUUCUCCAUCUCUAUGAAGAAAUUGGGAAUAGAUUGGCCAAAAAAGGAAGAUCGUACCGCCUCGUCUAUGCAAAAGAAGCCAUGAAGAAGCAAGCACGAGCAUUCUUUCAAGAAGCCAAAUGGUUCCAUACCAACUACACUCCAACAUUGGAGGAGUACAUGCCCCUUCAACUAAUAACGACUGGCUAUGGAAUGUUGGCGACUACAUCACUUUUGGGAAUGGGCGAUGUGGUCACAAAACAUGCCUUUGAAUGGUCGCUUGGUGGCUGUAAGAUUGUGAAGGCCGCAGAAACCAUCUGUAGGCUCAUGGAUGACAUUGCGUCUCACCACUUUGAGCAAAAGAGGGGGCACCUAGUAUCUGCAGUGGAGUUGCUCAUGAAAGAACACGGUAUCUCGGAGCAAGAAGCUGAGAAGGAACUUCAGAAACGAGUUAUUGAUGCCUGGAAGGACACCAAUGAAGAGUUUCUUCGUCCAACCGCGGUCCCAACCCCGAUUCUCACACGAAGUCUCAAUCUCUCGCGGGCGAUGGAUGUGUUAUACAGUGAUGGAGAUAACUACACCCAUUCGGGAACCAAGCUCAAAGGUUAUGUGACAUCGCUCUUCGUGUGCCCCUUGCCAUUGUGAAGUAUGGACCAAAUGUCGGCACACCAAUUCGGUUAUUGAAAAUCAAUAGGCUAUCGAUUAUGCCUUUGAACUCCUAUUUUUUCCUUGGAUGUAUGGGGGAGACUAUCCUUACUAGUAUGUACUUUCAGCUUGAUCUGCAUGAUAAAACUCAUAAAUAAACGAUGCAUGUCGGUAUGGUGUUGUUAAGUUUGCAAGUCUAGUGUAUAAUG